AUGUUGUACCUCACACUCAAGCGAUGCACAUUCAUCUAUUUAGUCCCUUUAGUGAAUUUCUGCUCACUUAAGCAAGCAAAAUACACUCCAGUAACCGAACCUUCAUACCCAAAAAACAAACACACCAUGGCUUCUUCUCCUUCCCUCCUGUCCUUUUCCAUCACCUUUCUCCUUCUUCUCACUUGGUUUCCAUACAAAACCCUUCCACAAAACCCCGGAAACUCGCCUUCGGGCCCCACCGUUGCAGGGUGUGGGACAAGUCUGCUACCAUUGGUCCCAUGUGCACCAUUUGUGCAGGGCUCAGUGCCCUCACCAGCACAGCAGUGUUGUGAUAAUCUGAAACAAUUCUACAACCAGCAACCUAAUUGCCUUUGCUUCUUGCUGAAUAACACAGCCUUGAGAUCUUUCCCUAUUAACAGAACGCUUGCUCUGCAGCUCCCACUUCUUUGCAACCUCCAAGUUGACAUCUCUGCAUGUUCAGGUGUAUAUGAACCACAAAAUUUCUUUUUGUUCUCUUUUUCUGGCCAAUUUUUAAGCAUGUCAUUGUUUUACAAUUAUACGUGCCAAAAGAGGUAUGAUUGUGAAGGUUACAGAAAAGAAAGCUAG